AUGGAACCUCUCAUUGUGUCAGUUGAAAGUUUCAAUUGCCCUCUACCGAGUACGAAUUUCUUUGAGGGGAUCAACACACAGGGAAUAAUGUUUAGAACAAGCGCCAGAAUUAAACCAUUUGUGUAUACAGUGAGCCGUGUCAAUAGGAGGGCUUUCACCAGUACCGUACCUAGGCUAUUUUUCGACAAAGCGCCCUCACCAGAACAACAAGAGCAAGCAUUUAACAAAGUAAAGAAGAUUUUAUCAGAGAACCCAGAGUUGAUGCAAUUAACCGUUGAAUUUAAGGAAUUAUUGAGCAAAAAGGGACUUUUGUCCUCGGGGAAACCAUCCAUUUCUCAAAUGAUGAAACUUUUGGCUGAUAAGGAAGUGAGAGAACAUGGUGCUAAGUUGAAAAAUUUCUUGGACUCUAAAGAAACAGGGUUGACUCAAGAGGAGUUGGCUACGUUAACCGGUGCCUACAUGUUCCAAAACAAAGAUCUUAAAUAG